GUCGCACAAUACUGAGAAAGACGCCCUCUUUACAAACCCAAGGUUGCGCUGCUGCUGUAGGCUUUUGAUCGUGUCUCUGUUGUGUUUGAAGCCUAUUUUCUCUAGACUUGUCUGAAUAAGGAAAUGUAAUAGGAAUCCAGCACCACCGAGGGUGAGAAGUGACUCGCUCUACAACGUAGAUUACUGUAAUUUACUUCGUAAAUAAAAAAAAGUAGCUAUAAACGCACGUAUGAAUGCUUUGAUUUACCUGGACUAUUGCGGAAAGACCAAGGAAGGUGAUAGCCAACAUUUACGCACGGAUUGGGUAUUCUGAUUUUUAACCAUGGGGAAAAGAGCCGCGCUGGCGACUUACGAUAAAGAGUUCAGCUUUGUCAGCCCAGUUGUCAAAUAUCUACUUUUCCUUUUUAAUUUAAUAUUUUGGAUGAUCUCAUUGGUGUUGAUGUCUAUUGGCAUUUACGCGAGGAUGAUGAAACAUGCCGAGGCAGCCAUGGCCUGUCUAGCGGUGGACCCUGCCAUCCUGCUGCUGAUCGUGGGGGUGCUCAUGUUCUUCAUCACCUUCUGUGGCUGUGUGGGCUCCCUCAGAGAAAACAUCUGCCUCCUACAGACAUUCUGCAUCUUCCUGACUAUCAUCUUUCUGCUGCAGCUAGCUGCAGGUGUCCUGGGCUUCGUCUUCUCAGAUAAGGCACGGAAUAAAGUGAGUGAGAUUAUCAACAAUGCCAUCGUUCAUUAUAGGGAUGACAUUGACCUACAGAACCUCAUCGACUUUGGUCAGAAAGAGUUCAGCUGUUGUGGAGGUGUCACCUACACCGACUGGUCUCAGAACAUGUACUUCAACUGCACCACAGACAACCGCAGCCGAGAGCGCUGCUCUGUUCCCUUCUCCUGCUGCCUGCUGUCUAAAGAUGAGGCGGUCAUUAACACAAUGUGUGGUCAGGGGAUGCAGGAGCUGCCAUUCCUGCAGGCUGGUGCCUUCAUCCACACCAAUGGCUGCAUCGACAAGCUGGUCAACUGGAUCCACAGUAACCUGUUCAUGCUAGGGGGCAUCGCCCUGGGUCUGGCCAUCCCACAGCUGGUGGGGAUCCUCUUGUCUCAAAUUCUGAUCAACCAGAUAAAGGACCAGAUUGAGCUUCAGAACUACAACCUGCAGCACCGUACUGACCCUUGGCAGUAACCUGGCAUGAUCAGGUCCUACCUGAUCAAACUGGACCAGGACUAGGUCAUCAACCCCAGGGUCACCCAGGGGUUGUGGGAGUCUGGAAUUCUACCCCCUUCUGCUGGAUGGGGCUCAAGCUUUCAUGUAGAUGGUGUUCAUUUUCAAGGCUGCUUGAUCAUUUCAAUGGUGCAAGGACUGGCUUUGAGGCCAAAGAUUCUGGUUGGAUGAUCCACCAUUUAACAACAGUCGAGGUAGUCUGCUCUCUUUCUGCGUUCUUGACUCUCUUGCAUGUCUAUCUUUGUUCAGUAUAUAUUCUAACCAACUGAGCUACCAGAACCAACUGAGCUACCAGUGAAAUGGCUGAGAAACCAAGGUUCCGAAAAGGUCCAGAUGCCUGGACAGUGUCAAUGUGUUCUUGUUUCGUUUUAGCUUACCCAGUAUCCUGGAUGGGUGGAGUUUUCACUUUAUGACCAAUGGAAUGGUCAAUGUUGAAACUCUGCCCACCCUGUGCCCCAUGGGAGCUAAAAGGAACGCAUCUAAUCAGGAAGUACUCCAGCCAGACAGCCAAUGGAGAACUCCUCCAUUCACAGCUAUUCGUCAUUUGACUCAUCUCAAAUAUGUCACGAUCUGUAAUUUAUUGAAAAAACCCAGCAACCGGAGUCCAAACCCUGCUGAAAUAAUGUAGACUCUGUCCAGUUACUUUUUUGUCAAUGCCGUUUACAACAUUGAUCUGUUAUUUAUAUCCAUCCAGUUAUCCGCUAAUACUCUCAUAGAGUUGAGAACAAGACAAUUCUGUCGGCCCUUCUCAAAUAUGGAAGAGCAAACGCAAGUAAUGUAAUAAAGCUCAUUAGCUUUACAGUCAAUUUAGCUUGUGUAUGUUAAAUCUCCCAACUAUAGUUUGCCAUGCAUGCUAUAACAAGUUUUAUAAACUGGGUUGUUUGAUCCCUGAAGCCUUUAUUUUUACUGCGCCAAUUAUGUUGGUAACCAGUUUGAAAUAGCAAUAAGGCACCUUGAGGGGGUUGUGGUAUAUGGCCAAUAUACCACGGCUAAGGGCUGUAUCCAGGCACUCAGCGUUGCGUCUUGCAUAAGAACAGCCCUUAGCCGUGGUAUAUUGGCGAUAUACCACACCCCCUCGAGCCUUAUUGCUUAAAUAAAUCAUUGCACCUACAGCCUUUACAGUAAAGUGUUACCCAAUUGAUUUCUACACAUUUUAAGGGAUAUUACAAUUGAGUUUUACAUCAAAUCCAUUCACACAGAGUAAAUCGUUGUCCCCCCUUUACCUCCAGAACAGCCUGAAUUCUUCAGGGCAUAGAUUCUACAAGGUGUGGAGUUCAAACGUUGCUCUAUUGGUAUCAAGGGACUUAAUGUUUGACAGGAAAACAUUCCCCACACCAUUACACCACCGCCACCCGCAUGUAUCGUUGACACCAGGCAGGAUGGAGCCAUGGACUCAUGCUGCUUACGCCAAAUCCUGACUCGUUGGACCAGACAAUGUUUUUCCACUCCUCAGUUGUCCAGUGUUGGUGAUCGCGUGCCCACUGGAGCCGCUUCUUCUUGUUUUUAGCUGAUAGGAGUGGAACCUGGUGUGGUCAUCUGCUGCAAUAGCCCAUCCAUGACAAGGACCGACGAGUUGGGCGUUUCGAGAUGCCGCCUGUUAGCUUGCACGAGUUUUGUUUGUCUCACCAUUCUCGGUAAACCCUAGACAAGCCCUGUUUCUGAGAUCCUGGAACCGGCACACCUGGCAUCGACGAUCAUACCACGCUCAAAGUCACUUAGGUGACUCGUUUUGCCCAUUCUAACAUUCAAUCGACAAUAACUGAAUGCCUAUCUGCAUGCUUUAUAGAGCAAGCCAUUGACAAGGGACUCACUUUAGGAGCGACCCAUUUUCGUGAACGGGGUGGUUUACCUAAUAAUCUGGCCACUAAGUGUAUAUUUCAAGCUAAAUUGACUGUAAAUACAUUCCUUUCAAUAAAGCAUAUCUUUUGGAUAUGAAGCAUUGUGGGUAUCCAUACAGACCAAUAAUGUAAUUGUAGUUUAUUACUCACUGCUACUAGGGGAUUUCCCCAUUUGAAAGCGCAACAGAAAGGCCUGAUUUUAUAAUAAACAGUCUUAUUUUCCGUAACGCCUUUUACACAAGCACUGGCGUUUAGAUUGGCAACACUGGAGUUUACACUAAUGCUGUGACUCUCCAUAACAUAACCAUGUUGGGCCGUCGGCUAGCCCUGUUGGCAUUUCCCCUCACAGGGGUUGUGUUCAUUAGAGCACGCGACGGAAAAUGAAAUUGAGCGCUUCUUAUGGGACAAGUCCUGUUUUAGUCCGUUUUGUUCCUAAUGAACAUGACCCAGUAAGGUCCACUGGGAAUAGCAGUUAUUUUUUCUCAAAAUGUGGGUCAACAUACUGGUCAAGACUACUGGUUAGCACUGUAUUUAAACGGUACAGGUGGGUGUGGAAUUCAUUCUAGGAACUGACCCAUGUAUAAUCCUAAGAAUUAACAUUAAAAAACAAUUUUACAUGUCAAAAUUAGUUUCACAAUUCCCCUUAGGUACAGAGAGUAUUUACUUUGACUCUACAUGGUAAAAUGGUAAUUACUCUCUUAUGUAAAGACAAUAUCUUGUGAAUUCUUUAUUUGUUUCUUUGGGAAUCAUCACAACAAGCACUCCAAUCCAUGUAUCAGCUAGUUGGUUACCAAUUGUGUUGAAUUCAUGUAAUUAAUGCCAGAAACUACCCAAUGACACCAUUUCUAAUUGUCCUAAUAAACGCCAGGUAAAUAGCAGUGGAAACGGUGGUCUAAAAUGAAGUGUUACUGUAUAUUUAAGAGUCUCGUGACAUUCUUUCCCUGUAUUGUACUCCCAGAUGGCUUGUUGUGACCUGUCAGUGGGUGGGCGAUGAGGACAUAGGGGUUGAGGUAGCGUGAGAGAAAACGACAAAUGGAUAAAGGCAUAAAUGGCUACUGACCUCCAACCUCUCCAAAUGUGUCUAUAAGCUCCAGUAGGACCAUUGUGACAACAGGUUACACAACUCUAUGUUCUAUUACUGCAGUAGUAUCAAGUGAAAGCAUGUCUGUGUACGCUAUCCACAAAGACUACAUGUGUGUUCUAUAGUCAAUCAGUUUAACAAAUGUCUUUUGUUUUAUUGUCUAAUCUGCAGUUUCACAGAUUGUACCAGCCAGUGUUGCAAUACUUAACACAAGUGUAGUAUGGUCUUGCUACUGCCCACAACACAACAUGUUGAAAUAUAAAUGCAGGGGAAAUUAUAAGUGAGUUGAGUGUAUUUUUAUUUUAAAAUGUUCCAUGAUUUGGUUGCAAACACUCAUGUUCAUUCCAGGCUAGUUGGGGCUGAAAGUCUAAUAUAGCUGUGAACAGUCAGACGUCAAACAUUAAAAUGGUUCCUCUCCACCCCGUUUGGCAAAUGAAAACCUAAGCUUAGAUGCAUUCCUGGCCUGAAAUCUGAUGUGCCUGGGCUUGGGAGCACACACACUCCUGCAUGUGAAGCCCUUCUUCUCCAAACACCUUUCUGCUUUGUGCACAUGGCCCUGCAGUUGUUUUAACUAAUUGCAUGAACUAUAACAUUAUAGGCCUACAGGCCAGGUGUUCAUAAUGUCAGUGUGAUGGGGGAAGUUAUUCAGAGGCAGGCAUUGAGACAUCAGCGACAGUGUGUUCUGUAGGAAGUCGCAGGUUCAUUAACACACAGGACUUAGGCACAGUCCCUACUACUAAUAUGUAUGCGUGCGUGCGUGCGUGCGUGCGCAGAGAAAGCAAGAGAGAUUUGGCCGGGUGCUCCAGUGAGGGGCCCACGUGCUCUGUGUGUGGUCCUGGUCUCUCCCUGACUCAUUCUCAGACAGCCAUGUUGCUGUGGGUUUUAAGGAGGCCCAAUGCUUCACUCAGAGAGAACGAUGGGGAAACAUGGGGCUCCCCUCAUUCAUACAGCACAGGCCAAAAACAAAACAUCUAUUGUCAUUUCAACCAGCAGGAGGUAGGCUGUUGGAGCAUUACAUCUAAUGCACUGCCCUAUAACGGUCAGGUUAGAGAGAGACUUUGAUCACAUCACAAGCACGAAGAGGAUUGUUUGAGACUGUAUGGUGUUCUGUCUAUGUGAAUGAUGAAACAUUCAUUAAAUCUACAGUGUGGCUGUCCCAUUGGUUGAUAUAGACAGAAUCUUAAAUCUGACCAAUGUCAGUCACUUAUGGCUUCAUUUACAGUUAUCGUAUAAUCAACCUCUGAAAGUUUUCUUGGUCAGUUUGAGGUCUCAUUCGGGUGAAGAGCAGUGCUACCUUAACUGGGAGAGAGAAUCCACAUUUCCAUUAUGAGGGUCUCCUAGGAAACUGAUUUAAUAUGGACUGGGAGGAAAUAAACAAGACAAACUUUUUUUACACAUCCAAAAUGCCAUGAAGUUAUUCAUUAUUUAUAAUUCCACCAGGCCAUCCCAUCCCCCAACCAACACCCAUACAGUAGGCUGCACACUCGUUUAGAAACUGUGCAAUUUAAGCAGAGAAAAUGACAAUCUUGUCUGAUCUUUUAGAAUCAAAGUAGCCUAAGGAGUGGAUAAUUGACUUGUUUAUGUCCACGACAACAAACUUUCCCUGAGUGGCUACUGGCAUGCCGCUGGUGGAUAAACUUGCAGUUACCAUUUUUGUGGUGGUGAAUGAACAGUCUUUGGAGUGGGAUGACAAAGAAAUAUAGCCUACUGUGCUCGCAUAUUCACUAAGAUUUCAAUUGUAUGGCAAAGUGAGGCUCUAGUUUAAUCACAGAUUUGAAGUACUAUCGAAGAGACUACUGAAAUGCUUGUUCACACCAACAUAACUGAUCAGUCUGUGAUUGCAAAUCUAUUCAUUCUUAAUAGCAACAAGUGCAAAUGUAGGAGGUACGGUCAGAUGUAAGUCGUGGAGGACAAUAUGGGUCUUUGGAGAUCUUUAAAAGACUUGUUUUUGGAAAUGAACAAAGUGAGUGUCCUUAAGGUACUCCAGUUAUAUAGCCAAGCUAUCAUUUCUCAUUAUGUAUGUUAUCCUUGUGUUACAAUUUUUUGUUAAAUAUUAUUAUUUGUUUUAUUUAUGUAUUGUAUUCUGCAGUGUUGGUAAGGGCCCAUGAGUAAGCGUUUCACUGUCUACACCUGUUGUUUACGAAGCAGGUGACAAUAACAUUUGAUUGUGUUUGAUUUGACGAAUGUGUUGUGUCUGAAAUAUUGAACGGACGAUUAAAUGAAUGAACGGACGAUUAAACAAACAAGCAUAUGAUAUAAAGGUA